CCAAUUUUCCAGGCAGUUGAAACCCACUGUGCUUGGCGUCUCCAUUUCAACUUCAACCUCCACUUCCUCUUCCCAUUCGGCGCCGCUCUUCCUUCCCCUUGUUCGUCGCGAAGACGAGCUACGAGGGUUCAACUUCAUCUAGUUGAAGUUGCUGAUGAAAGUGUUAACGAGGUGGACUCCCAGAUUGAGAACGCUAAUCCAAGCUCUAGCAAUACUCGUAAGCGUAAAUCUGAUGAUGGUACAACUAAAGUUCGGCGUAGACGUGCGCACAAUAUGGAUGAUAGUGUACUGGCUCUUUCACGCAUUGCUGACUCUUCCAUGAAAAUUGCCAAUGCUAUAGAGAUGCAAGCAACGUUAGACACGAUCAAUCAUUUCAAUUGGCCAAUGAUUAUGCAAAAAUUGGAGUCUAUGGACUUGGAUGUUGAUGAUGUUGUAAAAAUGAUGGAGAUAUUUCAAGUAGAAGAAAGCUUGGCAAGAGUUUUCAAUUUGAUGAUAGAUGUACGAUACAUGCGUGCAUUGGUGUUCAAGAAGCUUGGACAUGACCUGCCCUCACAUGAUCAUCCCCCACCAGCAUAGUUUAUUAUGGGUUGGUACCUUAAAUUUUUGUAUGGAAUGCAUGUGGAAAACUGAGUCCACUUAAAUUUUAUGAUGGUAUGAUAAUUUGUAACUCCUAUAGCCCGUUAUUUUUUGGAUAUAACAUGGACUCACAUUUUUUGCUUGUCAAGCAUUGUAUAGUAGAUGCUUGUAAUAGUUUUAUCACUAUAGUCAGCGUUUUGUUUUGGUGAAGAAAUGGCUCCAUCUUAAUGUGAAAAAACUAUUUAUAUGGAGACAUAAUCUAUCGUAAUGAUAAUUUUU